AUGGCCGACGCAAGCACGGUAACAACACAAACCAACCCGCGCGGGAUCCCCGUCGCCCCCUUCGUGGACAAUGUGAGCGACUACGUCGCUUCGCGCGCAGAGGUCGAGCCCACGCUGCGCUCGUUCCAGGAGAUGAUCUCCAAGUACCAGUUUAUGGAAGUGAACACGCAGCGGCGGGCCCAGGGGCUACGAGAGAAAUUGCCGGAUAUCAAGAAGACGUUGGAGAUGGUGCGGUUUUUGAAGUUGCGGAAGGAGACAUCCGCUCCCGGCCCCCUCGACACAAACUUCGAACUCAACGACACGCUCUACGCUCGCGCGACCAUCUCCCCCGCCGACACAAAUGAAGUCUACCUCUGGCUCGGUGCAAACGUCAUGCUCGCAUACCCGCUGUCCGAGGCGGAGAGCAUGCUGCAGGAGAAAUUGACUGCUGCAGAACAGAGCCUGGCGAAUUGUGAUGAGGAUCUGGAGUUUUUGAGGGAGCAGAUUACCACGCUUGAAGUUGCGACGGCGCGCGUGUAUAACUGGGAUGUGGUGCAGCGGCGCAAGGAUAAGGGGGAUGGGAAAGAGGAGAAGCCGCAGGCCGGAUAG